CUUAACACACUAAUUCCUUCCACUUGCUGAUACCAGUUGGAGGCAGCAUGUUCAGUAUGAAGCUGUUAUAUAUCCCACUCUUUAUCAUUCAGUUCCUAAACAUUAAUGCAGAUUCAGAGCCUGUGGCAACUGAAGAUCAGCAAGUCCAGAAGGUUGAUUGUAAUGAUACAGGUGUUCUAGCUGCUGUGGAUUUCACUCUUCGUAAAUUCAAUGCGGAACAGGGAGCAGGGAAUAAAUUUGCUCUUUACAGGGUCAUUGAUGCUGAAGUUCAGGGAGAAGUUAGAAUCAAAUACUUUGUCACGUUUACUAUCUAUGAAACAGACUGUCCCAUUGAAAGUGAAAAAGUCUGGAAAGAUUGUGACUACAAAGAACCUAAAAAAGCUUUGAGUGCUGAAUGCACGUCAGACGUGGUCAUCAAUAGAAUCCAAAGAAUAAAUGAAGUGACUUUAUACAACUGCACACCUCCAGACCACCACAGCUGGAUUUUUCCUAAAAAAGCACCAUGCCUUGGAUGUGAACGUUUGCUGCCAAUUAACCAUCCCAUAGUAAAUAAAACAAGUGUUCAUGCUAUUAAAAUAUUCAACAGUGACAGCACUUACGACAAUUACUUUCGGAUUGCAACAAUAUACAAUUUAACCCAUCAGGUGGUGGCCGGAAUAAAAUACCAAAUGAGAUUCUUAAACCAGGAGACUGAAUGCAGCAAAGAUCAGCCCUUGGAUUAUGAAAGCAUUACUUCAUGCCCUUUCAAGGCUGAAGGUACAAAGCUGCAUUGUGUUUCAACUUUAGUUGAACAAGUGUGGAUAAAUUACACCACUGCAUCUGUGUCCUGUCACCCUGAAGCUCCAGAAGCGGUCUUGUUUGGAUACGGGGGUUGGGGACCAUUUCUAGCAAGGCGCCCUCAAGAAGGCACUGAAGAAGGGUUGCACUCUUCUUCGGAGACCCCUGAGUCUGCAGAAGUCCAUGACCUCAGUACCUGCCCAGGAAGACCAUGGAAGCCCUUACAUCAAGUUAAACCUGCUCUUCCACCUGUUGAGGAUCACCAUGACAGUCAAGGACAAACUACAGUUACCUGAAGCCAUGUCAGCUUAUCAGCUUCUGCACGAUCAAUAUGUAUUACCAUUGGCGGCCUACAUUAAUAUUAAAAGAAUUACAUGAAUUAGAAAGUAUAAAAA